AUGGACGGCUCUUCCUCUCGAGGGCGACUGGAUCGUUCCAUCCCUACAUUUACUUCUGUCGUCCAACAACAUCGACAGACAUACUAUGACGGCCUCGUGUCCGUCGUUCUCUUUUUCGUCUGGCAGCUCCUCAUUUGCGGCCUCCAGCAACUGACGGCCGAUAUCGACGACUUCCCGGCGCCCAUUCUGGCCAUGAUGCUCGUGGCAGCCGUCAUGAUCCUGGCGUCCAAAUGCGUGCCCAACCUCGACGGCCUCUACCGCCGGUACCUGCGCAGACCCACGGACUUGCUGAACCGGCACAUGUCCAUCGGCUUCACGGUGCCCUUUACCAUGAUCAUGGACGGGCCCAUGUCGUCGCCCCGCAGCAUAGGACUGAUUAUUGCUGGAUACAUCAUUACCGGCAUUUUGAGUACGGUGUUGGUGCUUGCCCUCUCGCUGGGACUGCAAACCAUACUCAUGUCCAUUACGGCAAAAAAGGCCGUCCUUGGCAACCGACGCAACGCCAUGGUGAUAUCUCCCGUGGACCUGGCUCCACCCGUCAUCCCAGCGGUGCGCGUGGACUCUUACAGCUCGCUCAGCAGGCCUCUUCAACGGCAGGCAUCGUCUCGUCCGAUCCCGACGGACCCUCUGGCGGUCUUGGCCCCUCCUCCUAGCCAAGACCGUGUGCAAAGCUACGUCUCCGAGUCGACAACACUCACAAACAACGCCCCCUCCGUGCACUCGGCGAGUCAGAACGACGACACCGACGUGGAGCAGGCUGCGUCUGCUCUGCGUCUGCCCCCGUUGGAGCAACCACCACUGGUUCAGCCGCCAGAGGUCGCCAUGACGACCACGACGUCGGAACGACUGUGCAUACUUGCACAACGCGUCGCCUGUUUUGCCGCCGCCAGUCCUGUCAUGUGCUGCAGCCUCCUGGCCAUCCCGCUGGUUGGCAUCCCGGUCUCCGUAGUGGCUCACAGCGACACGGCCCUCGACACAUUCUUGCUCGUCGUCUUGUGGACGGGCACGCUGGCCACGCAAGCGGCCGUCCGCCGCACUGCGCUGUCGUUUGGACUCGCGACGGAACAGGCCCGCGCCCGCGCCCGCAGCGUCCUCGCCACGCUCCUCAACGCCGUCUUGUGGACCUCUCUGGGCACCAUUGCCUACCUCGCCGUCAAGGCCGCGGCCCGGCACCGCGCCGUCGACGAUGCUCUGUCUGCCUUUUCCACCGGCACAAGCCUAGCCGACCUCAUUGGCGGCACUGCGGAUGGACGCCCGCCGUGUUCGCUGGGGGCCGGCGACGUGGCCGCGGCCGUCCUCGACGCCGGCAUCGUCAGCUGGGGCCUCAAGCUGUUUGAGUGCCGCGCCCAGCUGCUGUCCCGUGCCGGGCUCACAACGCUGGCCGUGGGCGCCGUCGUGGCCGCCGGCAACAUUGUCUGCGGCCCGCUGCUCGUCCAUGCCAUGGGCAGCGGCCUCGUGUCGCCCGCCAAGCAGCUGUCCUUUGCGGCGCGGAGCGUCACGCUGGCGCUGGCGGGACCGGCGAUGACGAACCUGGGCGGCGACGUGGGGCUCAACGCGGCCAUGGUCGUCUUCAACGGCAUCGUGUUCCAGGUGGCCAUGGGGCUGGGGGUGUACCGGUGGGCGUCGCGGGCGCUGGUGGCGGCCGAGGGGCGGUGGCAGCAGUGCGGCGAAGCGGCAGUGCGGCACGGCUCCCACCGUCGCCGCCAGGACACGCCUGAGCCUGGGUCUGGGUUCCGCUGCCGCAUGGGGAGUGGCUGCUGGCGGAGCCAGAGCGAGACGCAGAGCGACACCGACGAGGCCGAGACGGAAACGGAAACGGAAUCAGACUCGACCUCGGUCGCCCGACCAACUCCCGUCGUGUUCGCAUCGCCGUCCCCUUCCAAAGGAGCUCACGUUCAAGACGUCGAGAAGACGGCCGGCUCAACACCAUCCUCCACCUCCGCCUCCGCCUCCGCCUCUCGACCCGUUAGCUACACAAAAUGUGGCGACGCCUGUCUGGUUCAUGUGCAUAUGCGCGGUGGUGCUGCCUCUGUCGACGACGUGAACGCCCUCAAUCGUUCUCCCGACAUGGAAACCGACUCGCCCGGCACGGUCGCCGCCGGCAUGACAGUCGGCAUCAAUGCUGCGGCCAUGGGCACGGCGUACCUGUACGAGGACGGCAGCCGUGCGGCGCCCUAUGCGGCUCUGUCCAUGACUGUCUUUGGCGUCAUGACGGUCGUCUUGACCUCGAUCCAGCCGCUGGCGAACUGGGUUGUUGCGCGUGUUGGGUGA